AUGCAUGUCCUCGGUGCCGCCCUGGCAUUUCCAGCGCCAACAAUGGCUGAAGCCCAGAUCGAGGAGCUUUCUCAUUGGUCGAAGUUUGAACUAGAUUUCGUCAUCGCUGGAGUUGACAAUUGUGGCACCACUUCUCUUGGCCGCUGGUUGCAGCAGCUGGAAGAGGUGGAGUUUAGUCGAGGCGGUGAAGAAGAUGCGUCGUUUUUUUCACACGACAGGCUCUUGCCUUACGUGUCUGAGGUCCAGGCUUUCAACUCACAGUGGCGGAGUCCGUCAACUUUGAAAGGGCUGAGACAUCCAAGCUUGUGGGCUCACCUUCGUGUCCGCAUGGCUCUAGCCCGUAUUCAGCGCUUGCGAGUCUUGCUUGUUGUUUGCGAUCCAUUGAGCCGUAUUGACAAGGCUUUCUGGUGGUAUCAUAUCUGUAACCCUCCGCUGCCGCACCCAGAGGCAGGCCCGCUGCUGCGCACACCGGGGACCUGCUUUCGCAGCAUUUCCAGCGUCCUGGAGGACCCGCAAUUCCUCAGGCGUUUUGAGGUACGGAGGCAUCUGGAGCAUAUACAGCGACUUUUUCAUCAGAGACUGGCCGUACUGCAUCAAGAGCAUCUGCGACUGCAAGCCCCUGAUGCAUUCUACAGCACCCUGUACUUUCUUGGGCUUCCCGCUCCCGAGUGGGUUCGGUUGACGCGGCACAACCACCGCCCUGGACAUCGCACGGACCUGUGCCACAAUGCCACGCUUGUCCGGCAGUUCAAGGAGCUCCUGGCACCGGAGUAUGUCUACCUGGAGCAACUGUUGAACAAAGUCGGGAUGUUGCCCGUGCCGGAACAGCUGCUGCUUCGGCAGUCGCGGUGUGACCGACUCGAGGAGCUGUGGGAAGGAGAAGAUUGGAGAAAGCGAGUGAUGCUGAUGGUGUUCAUGAUGGCGAUAG